GGGACGGAUAGAACCAGAUAAGGCUCGGUACCCUCUUCGGUCCUAUCCCUCUCAACUGAGUCGGAACGCAGUGACGGCACCCUUCCAUGUCCACUGCUCAGUAAUUCUCUCCCAUUUCUCUCUUUCGUUCCAGUCAUGGCCUCCAAACUUCUUCCUCAGGCUCUGAUUAUUACCCCAAGAAACCCUCACCAAUGUCCCCAAAAGAACAUGGGUUUUUCUACGCGUGUUUCCCGCCUUCCCUCCUCGUUCAAGUCUGGUGCUCGGACUUCCGUCUCUAGGGUUUCUUCGUUCUCGAUUGGCUUGAAUUUGAAUCCCAUGUUCUCGGUGGCACCCAAACGGGUUUUUUUUGUCAGAGCUGAAUCAAAUCCUGAAGCUGAAGGGGAAACCAAUGCAGCAGCAGAGGUGACUGAGAAUGUUGAAGAUAAGGAAGAGGUUGAUGUUGAAGAAUCUACUCAAGUAGAGACUGAAGUUCAGUCUGAGGAAGCCAAGCCGCCUAGGAAGCCUCGAAUUAAGCUCGGAGAUAUAAUGGGGAUAUUGAAUACAAGGGCAGUUGAGGCUUCAGAGAAGGAGAGGCCAGUUCCAGACCUUAGAACUGGAGAUAUUGUGGAAAUUAAAUUGGAAGUUCCUGAAAAUAGGCGGAGGUUGUCUGUCUACAAAGGUAUUAUUAUAUCAAGACAAAAUGCUGGUAUUCACACAACAAUUCGGAUUCGGAGAAUUAUCGCUGGUGUAGGGGUUGAGAUUGUUUUCCCUAUUUACUCGCCAAAUAUCAAAGAAAUCAAAGUAUUAAAGCACAGGAAAGUCAGGAGGGCGAGGCUGUACUAUCUGAGAGACAAGCUUCCAAGACUCUCCACUUUUAAAUGAAGAACAUCUGUGCAACUACUCUUUGUUUUCCCUUUCAGACUAAUUUAUUGAGUUUUGAUCAGAAGUUGUAUAACUUGCAGUAACCCAUCCAUUAAUCCAUUCUGUUGUAAUAUAAUAUCCGUUCAAUGAAGAGGUCACCUAUUUGCAACACCAA